GAAGAUCUCGUCGUCUUUCUUCCGGGCCGAGGUCCGCAACGGCGAAAGACGACAUCUUAUAUUCGCCACAGACCAGCAACUUCAACUGUUGAAGAAAGCAAAGACAUGGUACAUUGACGGGACGUUUAAGGUGGUCCGACAACGCUUUUACCAGUUGCUUUCCAUUCAUUCUUUCGUAAGGUCCGGUGACGACAUGAAGCAGCUUCCGUUACUGUUUGCGGUGAUGGCCGGAAAAACCAGUGAAGACUACACACAGGUUUUCAAAGGCGUCAUGGACAUCCUCCAUAACGAAACUCGAGUGAAAGAAUUCAUGGUCGAUUUUGAAGCCGGGAUGUGGCAGGGCCUCCGGGAAGUUUUCGUCGACCCAACAAUUAAAGGAUGUGCCUUUCACUGGAACCAGGCCGUAUGGCGGCACGUGCAAAGCCUCGGUCUCCAGACUGAAAGAAAAAACAACAGACGAACGCCUGGCCGACCUGCUAGAGUAUGUGGACAGGACAUGGCUUAAAUCUUCGGUGUGGGGACCUGAAAAUUGGAGCGUGUUUGGUCGGAGUGUCCGAACAAAUAAUGACUGUGAAGGGUGGCACUUGAAACUAAAUCAGCACGCCAAGAAAGCCAAUUUGCCUUUCUACCUACUACUGACCCUUCUUUGUGAAGAGGCUUC